AUGCAAUGCCUGCAAAGCACGGUUUGGAAGUCAUGCAUCAUUGCAACGCCAUGCUUUGCAUCAGCACCAAAGGAUCCUAUUUAUUGUGUCGAUCUAAUACAUGGUAUAUAUUUUACUGCAAAAGAAAAAAUUGGACAAAGGGCACCAAUCCAUCUUCGUAAAUCUAUCACUGCACAAGUUAUUGUUUGUGAAUCAGAACAUUGUAUGGAGUUUAUGGCCCUUGUUACCAGAAGAGAACAGGAGUAUGUGCUGUUUACCCUUUUUUUGUUUGAUGCACAUGGCUUUUCUGACCGAUUUGUGUACUUUUCAGUGUACACAGGUAAGCAAGUUUAUUGAUGUCGUUUUGGGAGAACUCGUGUUACAUUUUACACCAAAACAGGGGCACUACAGAUCUAA